AUGACUUCGACCCGGGAGACCUCACCCGCAUUCUUCACUCGAGUUCGCAGCCGUUUCUUUUCGUCAAGCAGUGAGGAUGUUUCAUCGCCACCGCCAUAUACCAGCAGCGACAAUUCGACCCGAACAUCACUGUUGCGAAGCGCAUCCCAAAGGCAAGCAUCACGACCGUCAUCAUCCCACAGGACGAAUUCGGCUCCAAGCCUCCCUCGAAGCAUUCUCUCGCGGAGCUCGUCCCUCAGAAUAGUGACGCCGAAGCAUACUUUGAUGCCAGCAUUACCCCCAGAAAGAAGUGCUGUGCCAGUAAUAAUCGAAGCGAGCACAUCGCCAAGCUCAUCAGAUAUCUCAAGUAGUACUUUCGACGACACGGAAUCAAGGACUCCAUUGAGUCCAGCCUCGACAAUUAUAUCGGAGAAGCCACCGCCUACACCACCGCCUACAAGCCAUCCCGCUUUUCGAAAUGAUACAGUGGCGCCCUCACCGUCGAUAUCACCAUCUCAAACACCAACACCUACACCCAAAACACCCUGCCUUGUACCAACCACUCCGCUCUCUCCUCCAUCCAUCUCCCCUCUCCAAUCAACACCACUAUUCCCGCUCACCCCCUCCAUAACACCACAAUCCAUACCCCAAUGGCUCUGGACAACCCACGACUGCAAAACGUAUCUCUAUCAGAUCUUCCAUACCUUACUCAACAACUCACCAGAGGUAGCAUACGGGAAAGCAGAUCGAUUCGAAGGUUUUGGUCCUAACAUGUUCAGUACCACCUAUGCAGGGUGGAAAAGUCUAUAUGGAGCGUGGGAGGGGGAUGGGAUAUACAGUUUUAUAUUUGUGAGCAGGAAUAUGAGGGGAGCGUUGCCAAGUGGUUUGACAUAUGAGCAUUUUGAACGGGUGAGGAAGGGUGGUGAGUUGGAAGAGGAGGGGGAGAUGAAAGAGAAGAAGGUGGAUGAGGUGCAGGAGAUUGAGGCUGUUGAGCGGGUCGGGUAG